AUGGAUCACCAGAUUUACGAAUCGAUCUACCCCGACUUCCAUGUUCCACUCCAUCUUUCCUUGUCCCAAUUGCUACAAAAAUACAAUCCAGAAGAUGUACCUGACAACAAACUAAUUCUGGAAGACCUAUCGCCUGGAGGCAGACAAGUGACCUAUGGCCAACUACGCACCGAAGCCGCUAUGGCGGCCGCGUAUUUCACAACUGUUCUGGGGCUAAAAGCCGGUGACACUGUCGCUAUUUAUGCAUCGAAUUCUGUUCGCUAUCCGAUUGUUGCGCAUGCGGUAAUGUGGUUUGGGGGUGUGAUCGCUGAGGACAGUGGAAUGAAUGCUUUAACAUCGGUUCAGGACUUGGUUCAUUAUCUGACUAUUUCCCGACCGAUGCUUGUGGUCACCGAUGGCCCAUUGCGGGUUAAGAUGGAAGAAGCCGUAUCCAGAGUCGAGGGUGUCAAUCCAAUGAUCAUGGCUCUCGAUGAGCUGUUCACGGACAUGUCUCAAAAAUGUCUCUCUCCAUGUCUGCCUUUCGAUUUGUCUGGAAAGGACAAUCGAAUACACCCCGCAUCGAUCAUGUUCAGCUCCGGUACAAGUGGUAAGCCCAAAGCCGUGCUUUGGAGCCAUUACAAUAUCAUUGCACAUGUUCUCCAACCUCGAGCUACUCUCCCAGAGCAAAACAACAGCCUCGAAAGAGAGGUUGUAUACGCACCUUGCUUCCUGGGGGCAGUCCUUAAGCCCGCAUUUCUAGGUUGCUAUGUUGUAGUCAUGAAACGAUUCGACUAUGAAGCAUACAUCGAAGCCUGCGCGAAAUCCCGAGUUACGAUCAUGAAAAUGAUUCCCGCAACAGCGGUGGCUAUUGCGAAAGACCAGACUGUCGAUAAGCAUGAUCUCGGUAGUGUCAGACAUAUCUUGUGUACUGGAGCUACACUCCAGGAGCAAAUCGUGAGGAGACUUCAGGAUAUUAUGAAGGGCUGUGCGAUCAUACAAAGCUAUGGGUACGUUUUCGUUCCGAUCUACCUCGACUAA